GGUUUUAUCAAAUAACGUAGAAGUUCGAGUACGCAGUUGUCUGUUUUGAAAUAAUUUUUAUGGUAAAAAGACGUGUUUUGUUCAAGAAAACUACUGGGUAAUACUCUUAUACGUUUACUAGUGAUAGUAGGCGUGUUAUUCCUACUUUUGCGAUGUCUAAAAAGGGCACAUUAGGCCGCAAAGGCAAGCAUUGGUCGCAGCGAGUAAGGGAAAUUGUCGUAGUGAAAUCGGCUAAUGGUAGCUUCAAUGUUUGUAUCGAGGGAGGCGCCGAAAAUGGCGAAUUUGCACGAAUUGGUAGCUUUAAACAAGACAAAGUCAAGUACAAACAAGGCAAGCUACAUGUGAACGAUGUUAUACUGGAAGUAAGCGACGUGGCUAUCGCUGGAUAUACCCUCCCGGACGUUGUGAGUUUGAUAAAAAAGACGGGCGAUGUUCUCAAAAUGCAAGUCGUCAAACCAGGUAAAUACUCGUUUACACGUUCAAUGAAUUGUCAUGUUGUUGAGAAGACAUUAAAUUCUUUACGAUUCGAGCUCAUAGUUGUUCUUAAAAGCGGUAUUAUCGUGGAAAAUUCGGCGAAGAAUAGUCCACAUCGCCUAUUUGUUUACGAGUGCUUUAACUUGCCAGAACACUGUUUCGCCAAUAUUUUAACGACGCUAUAUAAAAGCCUGUAUUUUGGCAAUCUUUAUCAAUAUAAUCCAAAUUUGUGAAUGGCUUUUAUUUAUACCCUAAGGCUAACAUAACUGACAAGUUUUCAAGUCUUUUAGACGCCUAUAUUUCGCGUAAACGUGACACAAUAUUCACCCCACGGCUACCAAAAACAUACCGAAUACCUAGGCGUAAUUAGUUACAUUCGGCAGAAUAACUUGUGGAUUUCACAAACCGUAAACACGGGUUAACCGAACGCAAACACUCAUUUUUUAGGGUAUGGAAUCAGUGGGGACCUAAAAGAGUAUUUAGCUGGACGUUUUGAAGAAGAUGAUGUCGACUCUGAGCUACAAAAAACCAUACGAGACAACCUCUACGAACGAACCGUUCCAUGUAAGUUUUUGAAUUUAAAUUCCUGGUCUAUUUGUUAGACUACAAUACAUAAUAGACCAACGGUGUUUUGUUAAUAAAUUUAGACAAAUUAGCUUAAAUUUAAACCAGGAAAAGCUGUGGUACGCGAGAAAUUUCGGAGUUCUAUUCAUAGUUCCUCGUUUUGUCUGUAUCUAGUUGUAUUUUUAGAGGUUUUUAUUGUUUAUUUUGAGCAAACUGCGGUUUUGAUUGUAAUGUCAGUGGAAGUGAAGUAUGCAAAUUUUCUCUUGGGUGGCAACUGGCAGUUUAAAUUUAUAUUUCCCUAACGCUUGCUGAGAAUGAAUUUUGACACCAUUUUAAUUAAUAGCUUGUACAGUAAAUUUACAAGUGCUAAUGCAUUUUGUACAUGUCGUAAGCUCACACUACAAAAUACUGUUUGGGGUAUUUCUGUUGAUAAAUUCAGGUAACUGAUAGUUAGGGUUAAUUUUUGGUUUAAUUUCCACUACCAGCCGAUAAUUUGAAAAAUGAUAGAAUAAAACGUGUUCCGAAAAUAUGCAUCUUGAAAAUCAAAGAUGUGGUCAAAAUCAGAACGAAGACAUGAAAAUCAAAAAUAUGGUCAAAAUCAAGACAAAUUGUAUAAAGGCCCAUUUACAUGACUAGUUGUAUACGAUUGUCAUUCUGGCGUAUGAAAACGACUGCUGACGUCACUAUUCCUCUUUGUCAGUUUAUGGUGAAAUUUGAAAUGUGACAUCCUUCACAUGUGUUUAUUUGAAAACAUAUGCCAGGAUAAGAAUUGUAUAUGACUAGUCAUAUUGUGUAGAUGGGUCUUAAUGGUACAUGAAUAUAAUGUAGUGUAAUGGUAUAUAAAUUCUAUAAUUGUACCAUUGUACAUUAUGUUUUGAUUUCGAUCCAUUUUGUAUAUUUGCUAUGAAACACAAGACUUAGUGUUUCUAAAUUUGAGAAGAAUUCACAUUGACCACCAUCUGCUUGGAGGAUAUAAUAAAGCCUACUAAAUCCUACCUAUUGUGCAAACAAAUUAAUAUUAUAUCACUAUAUCAACACUUUACACCAUUUAUGACCUAUACUUGAUUCUGAUAGGCCUGAAUCUAGUCAAAAGUGUCUGCGGAAUGUAGCUCAUUGACCUCUUUUGUAGUUUAUGUCUGGAUCACAAAAGAAUGGCCCAUGGAAUUGAGUUUUAAUUCAAUGGUGUUACCAUUAGUAUAUAAAUUGAAGCAAUUACUUUCUAAGAGUUGUAGGUUACAUUGUUUUUGCAUAAUGGUAUGUUUUAUGUUUUGCAACCAAUGCCUUGUUUUAUAAUGACUUGAUCUCUCCAAGAUAAGAUCUUUAUGCCAGAUUAACCUAAGUAAAGUGCCUAGAACUAUUAUAAGGAGUGUAGAUUUAUAAUAGCCUCCUCUGUAGGCAACUCUUUGGCAAACAUUGGCAAAGGUAUUAUGAAUAACAGUAAAUUUAAAGGUAACUAGGUAACCCUAUAAUCUUCACUAGGUAACCUUAUAAUAUUCACAUUUUUGCCAAUUUUUUUAUUCAUAAUACUUUUGCCAAUUUUUUUCCCAAAGAGUUGCCUGUGGAGGAGGCUAGAUUUAUAAUAUCGUGUUUCCUAUUUUCAAUUCUACAAUCUGGCUGAUCUGAUUGGGAGGGGGUGGGGUGGGUGCUGGAAUUAGUGAUUGACCUAUUGUGCAACAAUCCGAAAUUACCGAUUAUUCAUGCAACAAUCUACCCAGUACCGAUGGCGAUUUUAUAAUGACAUCAUAAUAUCCAAUUUUUUAACAAUAAUUUCCAACGUAACAUGUUACUGCAACUAGUUAAGGAUUGUUAAAACCGUUAAUAAAUGGCACGCUUCACGCAUUAAUUUAACAUAUUGCAUUAGUACGCAACAUGUAAUGUGCAAUGCGUAUAGUUUUUAACCCAUUGAGCCUCAAUGUGCUCCAGUGCACCCUACUUAUUUUUUUUUACUUGUCUAAUGCCAGACGGUUUUACUCGUCAAUGGGGAAGCUCUGUGCAGCUUAAUUGGGUUAAAGUGCUUAUUUUCUCAACAAUUGGUUUUAGACAAUAGGAAAUACAGAUAAUUCUACCAAUUCCGAUUGUCUACUGAUAGGGCAAAAAUCAGCCUGAUACCGAUUAUCGAUCAAUCACUAGCUGGAAUGCCCUGACUGGAAAUUUUGAAAAUUGAAAGAUUUAUUAGUCAAUUUAUAGAAAACAUCAAAAGUUUAUGCCCAAGAUAUGAAUUGCAUGAUACUAACAGUCAGGAGGGGGGAGGGCUGAUAGAAUAUUGGUCAUGGGGAAAGGCUUCUGCCAGUGCUGAUGAACUAAUAUUACUGCUGGUAGGGGAGUGAGGAUAUUAGCCCUGAUCUUGCCAAAAUGGUCGAAGAGACCAGUAUAACUAAGCCUGAAAUUUAUUCAAAAUCUUUUCAUUAGGCACAACCCGAGCACCUCGUGGAGAUGAGAAGCCUGGUAUCGACUACAUAUUUGUCUCUGUUGAAGAAUUCAAAGAAAUGGAAAGAAAAGGAGAACUUCUCGAAAGUGGAAUUUUUGGAGACAAUUAUUAUGGCACACCGAAACCACCAAAAGACCCAAGCAAAUUAAAAAUUCCACAACCUAAUAAUAACCAUGAUGACAGAGGGUCAGAUACCUCAUCACUGCGACGUGAACAGUCUUACACUAACAGCAACAAUGCCAAUACUAAUAUGGGACGCCUCAAGCAGCAAAGUGAAAUGUCAAAGUCGUAUCAUGCUGCAUUACAUAUUGGCCACAUGGAUAGUCUCGGAACAUUGAUGGAUAACUGGGAAAUUGCAUAUACAGAGGAUAAUGAGAAGUAUUUUAUUGAGUAAGUUAAAAGAGGCAAAUCCCUUGCUCAUAUGCAAAUGAAUGUAGGGUGAACACCCUUCAUCAUUGCCUUUGUUAAAAGGGUUGUACACCCCACCUUCCAAAAUUGAUUCAUUUAGAAACCCUUAGACCUUUUGUUUGAAUUAUUUAAACCCUUAUUGUCUGUGCCAAUGUAGGUAGUGCCAAUUACCUGAUGUAAGGCGUAAAAAAAAUACCUGUGGUUCCGGUUUCAUAUCGCGAAAAAAAUUAGGGUCGGUAGGUCGGAAAUAAUUAGUGUGACAACAGAUGCCAUUUUGGCAGCAGCCCGCAACCACCCGGAGAAAAUAGGGUCACAUUGUCAAUCGCGUUGAAAAAAUAAUAGGGUCGGCAGAAAAAAAUAGGGUCGGUCGGGAACCGGAACCACAGGUAUUUUUUUUUAUGCCCUAAGGCCUUUGCAGUCUGUUAGCAUAAUUAACUCAUUAAGUUGCAUUGUUCCACAAUAUGCCCUACUAAAGUAUUUAUUUAUUUAGUAUUUUAAGCUCUGUCUAAUGCCAGACGAUUCUAGGCACUCAUUGGGUUAAGUUGUGGCCAACAUAAUCAAUUUGUGGCAACAAAAACAAGCCCCAAGUUUUGCGACGUACCUGUAUCUCCUCUGUCCUGUUCAUACAGUAGUUUUAAAACCAAGCUGUAUUGUGCCCCAGUAUGCACCCUCUUUAAUUAUUCAACUCUCAGAUGGAGUCUAAAUGGGUUAAAUUAUUUUUCAUUGUUUCACAGUCAUAGCACUGGCACAACACAAUGGCAUGAUCCAAGACUCGCGGACAAGCAGAAGAAUGACCCUAAUGAAUGCGACGAGGAUGGUGAGUGGUGUUAUUGUUUUGGAGGGCGGAACUUAGGUUAAUUGGAGGGAGUUAUUUGAGAAUUGAAAGUCUGGCCUCUCACUAUCAAUAUGUACUAAUAAACUGUGAAGUGUUUUUCUUUGAGUGCCAGAGGGGAUGCACAAUGUCAUAAGGGAUGCCUUUUGGUAUGCUAUCAGUACCUUAGCUACUAAUUAUGAUACUACUAUAAGUGAUGUUUUUGAGUAGGUCUCUUUUCAUACCCAAAAUAACAAUCUUUAUUGCUGUGUUUUUAUACAAAAUUAAUGAUCUAAAUUAACCCCCUACUGUUUUGGACUUAUGCACAUCAUGCUGAGUAUGUCAAAGGUUUUGGGAAUGUAUAUUUCUAGAAUGUUAUAAUUAUAGACUUGGAUAAUGCAGUAAUGCUAUCAUUAUCUUUUUGGAUUUUUUGGCAAUUGAAUUAUAGUCAGUCUGUUAUAUUUGGGUAUUACAUGUCUGAUAUUAGGUUGGAAAUGAAUGGUCUGAUAUGUCUUAUUGCUUCUUGUGGUUUAAAUUCAAGUGUUUACCAUGCCAAAUAUACAUGUAAAUUAAAGAAAUUCUUUAUUGUUGCAUAUUGCGUGAAUGUUUUUCAACAUUAAAGUCUCCUCUCAAAGUGAUAUUAGUUUGUUUUGUUGUUGUACGUGUUCAGAGAUAGUACGUUUGUAGAUCUUUGAAACAUUUUGUUUAUUUGUUUCAACUUCAGAGUUGCCAUACGGUUGGGAGAAAGUUGAGGACCCAAAAUUUGGCACAUAUUAUAUUGAGUAAGUUUGAUUUGUAUUAUUAAUCUUGUUUUUAACACAUUCUGCAUUAUAUUAGCUAGGCAUUUUGUAGUAUCAAUUGAUAGUUGAGAAAUGUCUACUAGAUGCACAAAAGUACUUGCAAUUAACAAGGGGGAAACUGUAGUACCUCGGGCAUACCUGUGGGACUUGGUAGAAUCAACCUAGAAGCACUCUAUGUGCAGUUAAUGUAUUUUAUCUUGUAAUGAGAAAACUACAUAAUCAGGGAUGAAAGUCUCCGUGCCACUUUACACUCCAAAUUCAGCAAUGUUACAUGAAAUGGCGACAAUGGACCUAUUCCCUAAUGAAUAAAAUUUUGAUCUAGACAAGUCUAGACAAACAUUUCAUCACAGUUUGAAAGAGCAUCACAAAAUUAGUAAUAUUCCGAAGUUUCGUUGAGAAAUGUUGUAAAAUGCGGAUAAUAUAGCCCUGCGAAGUUUGCCGUUUUUCAGUUAUUUUGUAUUACGCAUGGGAAAUUGAUACCUUUUUCAGAAAGUGGUAUCAAUUUGCAGUGCGUAAUACAAAAUAACUGAAAAAUGGCAAAUUUUGCAGGGCUAUAUUAUCCGCAUUUUACAACAUUUAGCAACGAAACUUCGGAAUAUUACUAAUUUUGUGAUGCUCUUUCAAGCUGUGAUGAAAUUUUUGUCUAGACUUGUUUAGAUCAAAAUUUUGUUCAUCAGGGAAUAGGUCCAUUGUGAAAAUAGUAGUUAUAUAAUUAAACUUGAGCAGUCUCUGCAAGCGUCGGUAGUGACAAGAACACCAGAAACUGUGGAUGGAUAGUGUCGGGAAGUUAGUAGUGGCUAUUAACUUCCUGACAGAGGGCCUUUGCUCGAAACGUUGAUGUUUUACUUGUAUUUUUCAGAUAGUUGAAUCCCUAGUGCUCAUCCGCAGUUAUGUAAUUAGCCUUUCUCAUGAACGCCAUUUUUGGGUACUUUUUUUGGAAACAAUGUGAAGGAUCUAAGCGAUGUGAGAACAUUUGUUGAAAUACUUAACUGUAAAUUAACUUAUGAUGAUUAUACUCACAAUUAUAGUUAUACAAAUCCAUUAUUAAUUGUGUACAAUCUCAGAAUUAGAAAAGGCUACUAGUGCCCCAAAAAUGGUGGCGUGGGAAAGGCUAUUAACCUCUGGUUUGUCACAUGAUGUUAAAACAUACCCGAUAUAUACAGCCAUAUGAGACUGUUGCAUAUUGAUACACCAAUCAAGUUUGUCAUAUUUUAAUUGUGUGUGCCACUUAAACCAAUAUAAUAAUAUAUAAUUAUUCAAGCUCAAAAUUAUCACAAGAACAAAUUCCAAAAUUUAUUUAUUGUAACUGUAUUUCCAAGGAUAUGAAGAACUGGUCUUUGAAUUAUAUUACUUAGACAAAGAAUGUUUUGGGGUUAUUCAAGUAAAGAGUGUGACCUAGUUUCAUAGUGGUUUAGUUAUAAUGAUAAUAUUUAUUCAGGAAGCUCCACUCAAGUGUUUUUCAGGGAGGUCCUGUAGUUUUUCUGCCUUUUGCCUAUAUAUUACUGGAAUUUUUUGUUCAUGUGAUAUGAAGUUGUUUAAAUGUAGUUUUGCGUCGGUCACAUGUGAGAAAAGUGCUUUGUGAAUUUGACUGUACCAAACACUGCAUAUUUGCUUAUGGUACUGACAUUUCUGUGGUAACGCUGGACCAUUGAUGGCCCUUAUUACAAUUUAGAAGUGAUAGAGUUAUCCAAUAUAAAUUAAUUUACUUCAGCUUGACUUUUCCACUGUACAUAGUGGGACUUAAUCAAUGAGAAUUGGCCGUUACUGGACCUCUAGAGAGAAAAGUUUAGAACUGGAAAGCUAUACAGUAUAAAUAAAGUUAGUUUAGUAGAGGUUGUCUAGUUUACAGAAAAAAUCCCGAAACUUUGGUGCCAUGCCAUAAAUCAAUUGAAGCCAAUAUUAUGUGUCCUUCAUCUGUAGUCACGUAAAUCGUACAACGCAAUUUGAAAACCCAGUAUCAGCAAGCAAACGAGGCAAUGAAAAAGGUAGUGCAAUGAAUGAGUCACCUUCACGUCAAGGACCACCAUCGAUGACAUCCGCAGCUGCAUUGGCAAAGAAACAAGAAGCCGAAGCUGCUGCUAGGUACUAACUUUAUUCAGAAUUGUAGAUUAUGUAGCAAUUAGCACUUGCUCAGUGAUUUAUGAUUUAAUUUAACCCGUUGAGCGGGCAAUGUGCCCAGAUGCACCCUACUUUAUUAUUUUAGUCUGUCUAACACCAGAUGAUUUUACUUGUCAGGGGGAGGGUGCUGACACUCAAUGGGUUAAACAGACUAUCUGCCCAUCCACCAUGUUAACCCUUUAAGUGGCAAUGUGCCCUACUUUAUUAUUUUACUCUGUCUAACGCCAGGCGAUUUUACUCGUCAGGGGGAGAGUGCUGCCACUCAAUGGAUUAAUACAUAAAGCAUGAACGGCCAUGCUGUAUAAGAUAAACAAACACAGGCCAGGCACAGAUUUUCUGGGGGGUGUGGGGGGUGUGUGCACCCCCCAGAAAUGAUUUGCACCCCCAGAGGCAUUUGGCACUGCCCCCAAAAGUUUUUGCACAACCACAAAUUAUAUACAUUUUGAUUUGAUAGUUUCAUAUUUGAUUACUCUUACUACUAAAUUGGUAAAAUUACCAAUAUUAUGGUCUCAGAUCUUGCCAUGCAGGCCUAGAAAACAAAUUUUGUUAAACUUUUUCCUUGGCCUUUCUGGGCGUUGCCAACAGGCCCUGGCCAAAGCAAGCAGCAGCACACCCCCCGAACGAAAAUAUGAAAAUCCGUUUCUGACACAGGCCAAAAUUAGCUUGUGAUUCGUCCUGAUGACAAUGUUUUAGUAACGAACAAUUUUAUGAACAUAAAUUGUAUUUGGUUAUUCAUCUCAGAAGUGGCUGAUCUAUUCUCCAAUGUUUCUUUCGCAGAUGGCCUACUGCAGGUUUCGGGAUGCAAGGCUACCCGCCGCCAUCAUCAGGUUAUGACUAUAACGGUUACAACCAGAACAGUGUGAAGGAGGAACGUAUUACAACCGUAUUACAGAAAGGUUUGAGAGGGUUUGGUUUUACCAUUGUUGGCGGUGACCACCCUGAGGAAAUGCUACAGGUGAAGAGUAUUGUGCCAGGAGGACCAGCCAGUGUGGAUGGUAAAAUAAGGAUUGGUGAUUCAUUGACUAAAGUUAAUGGUAUGUUAUAGUUUAUACUUAUUAUUAAAGUGCAUGAAUUGCAACUACCUGAAAAAUACACACGAACAUUGACAUUUCAUGUGAAGGCCCUUAUAACAUGUCUUGUUGAUUUUUGAAACUGCACAAGAUGCUUCUGUUUGAAGUAUCUUUGUAUUAUAUGAGGGUCUUAAUGGGGGUCUUUGGGUGUCAGUUGUCAGCUAAAAUUUAAGCCAGUUGUCAGUUGUCAGUGCGAUAUAUUGCAAGCUGUCAGUAGUCAGUUACUGCAAAAUGCUGACUCAUCACUUUUUCAUCAUUUCUCAGUUGUCAGUUAGGAUAUUUUGUCAGUUGUCAGUCAAAAAUUCAGGCAAAUGUCAGUAGUCAGUUAACCCCAUUCAGACCCUCUUAUAUCAGAGCCUGAAAUAAUGGUCCAAGAUUUUCCAACUAAAUUACACUUUAUCUGACCAAAUGCUAAAUUGGUAGGACAUUUUGUCUGGACACAACCAAAUAAUCAGUGUUUUUCAAAGAAUGGUUAUGCAUUAACAAUAAGCUCCAAUCAUCCCACAAAGAAUUCAAAAUUGUUUAGUUUAAAAGCAUUUUAACUACCUUUAUACUGCCUAGCCUAGUGUGAAGUAUUUUUAUUGAUGUGAUUUACUCAACAAAGAUGUUCAAAAUGUUUGAAAUGGGGAAAAUGUCCGACCAAAUUCGAAACAUUUCUAUCAAAUUUUAUUUUGGGCAGACUUUUUUCGGGCAAUAUUUGAAUGUUAUUUUAUGAUUGGUUAAGCCUGGUUUCCAUAUUGUCAUCACGGUUGUAAAGAUUGAGUCACAAUCUUUCUCAUCAGCCGAAAUACAACAGUUUAGAGUUGAAAAUAUGCAGAGUGAUUAUAACUAGAGAAUACUUAAUAUGAUUUAUAUGCAGUUUACAGGUAUAAACUAUUAUAAGAGGAAGAUCAUGACUCUAUUUUUAUGUUUUGUGUUCAAUAUAUUCUAUAUCUAUUCUAUGACCAUUAUGAUAUAUUCUAAUAUAUCUAUUUUAUGACCAUUACGACCAUAUGGAAAUCAGGCUUAAUAUGCAUUCCUUCUCUCUAGGUAUGUCUGUGGUUGGUCACAGUCACAGAUACGUUGUGAGCAUGUUCCAGUCAAUGUCCCAAGGUGAUGAAGUCGAGUUAGAUCUAAUUCGUGGCUACCCUCUACCAUUUGACCCAGAUGACCCCAACAUCCACAGUGUUGGUUCCUAUACUGUAGUACCACCCUACCAUGAUGACCUGGAAUCACCACCACCAUUUGAUACUGGUGAUGGUUAUAGGAAUGGCGAUUUUGCAAACGGUCACUAUAAGGACACCCUGCAGAUGAAUAAAUAUCAUAAGUCUAAUACCAUAACUGCAAGUGGGAAUUCAGCAUUCAAUGAGCCUGACCGUGAUAUAGCUGGUCGUGGGAACAGACCGAACAGUGGUAAGUUUAAAGAUUUUUAGACUAAGAAAUUGCAUCAGUUUUAUGUGAGUGCAAAUAUACAGUACGUUGUACACUGUUCGUGCUCAAGUGUCUUCAUGAUGAGUAAAAUAGUGUGAUGCAACAUAGUUAAAUUAUGUAAAAGAUAUGAUUACAUGCAUCAUGGUGCCAGCCUAUGUCUUUGUUUACAUUUUUGAUAACUUGCCAGUGAAAAUAUCUGUGCAAAUAUUUGUUGUAGCACUUCGUAAUAUUGGUUUUAAUGUUGAAGAAUGGAAAUGUGGAAAUGUUCCCAGUGGAAAUGUUCCCAGUGGAAAUGUUCCCAGUGGAAAUGUUCCCAGCUUCACUUCGCUCGAGACAAAAGACACAGGUUUUGCAACAAAAUGCAAAAAUCUAUUCGCUUGUAUUCAGUAUUUUAGCAUGUGCUUGGCAGCUGCAGAAAAAGUCUUAUGGCCGAUUAUUUGCCCAUUAUCAAGCAAUAAUCGGCUGAUUAUUUACUGAUUAAUCGGCUCAUCCCCACUCUCAUGCAACUUUGUUCUUGUUUGACAGAGGCAUUCAUGUUAUGACAACUCUCAUGCAAACUCUAGCUUGCUUGCUUGUCAACUCUUAUUUAUUCUCAUCCUUGUUUGACCAGGAUUUUAAUCUCUCUUCUAGAAGUUUACAAUGACCAAGUAGACAGGCCACAGUUCCAUUCCUCAACUCUCCCAAGGACUUCCACACAGCGCACGGUCAAAGCAGAACCGCCUAGAGUUCCUGUGGAAACUCUGAAUGUCGUUGUCAUCAAAGGUUCCAAUGGCUUCGGCUUCACGAUUGCCGAUAGUAACCAAGGGCAACGGAUUAAGCAAAUCAUGGAUGCUAGCCGAUGUCAGGAUCUCAAAGAAGGGGAUUUGUUGAUUGAGAUAAAUGGUUUUAAUGUACAGAGAUAUUCUCAUAAUGAAGUGGUGAAUAUGUUGAAGUCAUGUCCUAGAGAUACUGAAGCCGAGAUCAUUGUCCAGAGAGGAGGUAAGUGAAGGGUGCAACUUUAUGCUGGAAGCCCCAUUGCAAUUUAAUAUAUCAAAAAAGCCCAUAUACUAAAAAUUAAAGGAUACAAUGUAGAAAUUAUUUACAAGAUUGUAUCUAGCUUCAAUAAGUUUAAAGGGUGCCAGUAAUAUCACCAGUAAUAUCACCUCCAGGGUUGUGGAUCAGAUCCUCCAUGAAGGAACGCACUUAUCAGAAUAAAAUGAUCCAGAUAGUAUUGCUUGUUUGAAUCGCAAAUUAAAUCUCUCUUUUUUUAGUACCAAUGGAACCCAGUCCUAUUGCUCCUAGAAGACCUAUGGUAGGUAUCUUAAGUUAUGUAGCAUAAAGUAAUAUAACAUAACUGUGUAAACAUAAUAAUGCUCAACUUACAAUGAGAGUGUAUUUAGUAUGUGUUUAGCAAACAUCUUGUGAAAGUUGUGAUAGGGAAGCAUUCAAAGCCACAUUCCAUAAAAAUACUUGUAGGUGGCGAUUACUUUUGCAUUUUUUUGUGCAAUUACAUGAUAAAUGACAAUUAUAAAAUUUGGUGAGUUCAUCUACUAAACAAGUAUGCAAACACCAGAUACCAUGCAACUUGUGUUGCAAAUCUUACCUACAACCAGAUAAACCUGACCUGCGAUGCAUACCAUUACACAGUCUGCAUCGCAGGUUAGCCAGACCCAAAAUAUAUGAUUUAGUUUAUUGUCUAAUCCCAUGAACGAAGGCUGACAAGAUUUAUUUUAUUGUACAGGAGAUCACAAAACAGCGAGCACCACGAGCACAAUCCACUCCCCCAUCAAGUCAGUACCAAACCAACGUGGCUGUUGCAACUGAAGGUGAACCGACAAGGAAUUAUGAUACAGGAUCACUUCAACGUCCUUCAAGGCAAGCAAAAGUCUCCACUGUCGUAGAAUCAUCAACUGUCAAUACUUAUCCUUCAUUAAGACGAGCGGUUGCUACUUCACUAAAGUAAGUUGUGUAGUUAUGUUUGCAUAUUUUAUCAUUAGUAUUAUGGGGAAAUUUUGCUUUAAAGUUUAUUGCUAAAAUGUUUUGUUCAGAAAUGUUCAUUAGUGCAGCAGUUUAAUUAGGAAAAUUUAAAGAAACUAAAGAAAAACUUCAUCUAUACUGGAUAGCUCCAACAAUUCCAAUCAGAUUCAUUCUUUAUUGGUCUAGGAUGAAACCAAAACUUAUUUAUUUGUACCAAACUGUUUUCCCUGGAUGUUCUGUAAGGAUCAUCCCUAAAUGGGCCAGUUUAACUGCUGGAAUUAACCGAAGACCCUGACAAAAUCUGUGAUGUUUGACCGAGUCAAACUGGAAGCACUCUUCUCAUAUAUGCAACUGAGGUGAAAUUAUCAUCAGACGACUGCAAAACCCAGAGUGCAACCAAGCCCAAGAGGUGAAAAUUUUCACUUCUGAAGCUCAAGUUCUGUACCCCCAUUAUUCGCUUUGUAUAUAAUUGUAUAUCCGAUAUAAACAUAAUUUUUAUCUCCUUAGAGCGAAUGGUGCAGAAACAGGCAGUAUUGGCGGAGGAUCUACAAGGACUGGGGACGACUAUCUAGAGAUGACAUUAUUGUUGAAACGUGGUGAUGGUGGCUUUGGAUUCCGUGUGGUAGGAGGGGACGAAGAGGGAUCACAGGUACAGUAAAUAUUCUUAUGCUCCUUGAAUUACCAGUGGUGCUGAAAAAAAAGUGUGGUGACCAUGCUGUUGUAAGCUUGGUAAAUCCAGAUGGUUGCAAUAAAAUGCUUUGUUGUUACAAACCCAUAAUACCAUGUAGUAGAAUCAACACAUUUUAUUACGGCAUGUUUGCAAAAAAACAGAAAAUUCUAAGCAAAGUUUUCAACCUGAUCUCAUGUAAACAACUACUGAAGAUAACACUCUGAUCGCAAUGAAAUUAUCCUGCUCUGAAUUCAUCACAAUUUCAUUUAAACAACAACUAGAGACAAAUCUUUGACUGAAAUGAAAUCGCCCCUCGCUGACUUUGUCCCAGUUCUUAUGUCCAGGGACGCCGGAACUUGAGGGGGGGGGGGGGGGGGGGCAGGAGGGGAAGCUGUCCCUCUUGCCUUUUCAAAGAGCACUUCUGCCCCAAGGGGGGCAGAAGUGCCCUUUGAGUUAUAAAAUACUACCUGAUAAAUCACAUUUCCAGUGAUGCUUUUUGGGCAAACUCAUGAGGUGUGAUCUUGAAUGUGACCUGAUUAUUAAAGUUCGUUUGCUUUCAUAUAUUGGCAAGUCAACGCAUAAUUGUAGGUUUAUUUCUUCACCGGAGUCUAUAGAGGUGCCCUUUUGUGUGCGUCCCCCCCCCCUUGCCUUUUAAUCGUUCCGGCGUCCCUGAGUACUAAUCUUGAAAAUUAAAGUUAACUAUUUUGUUGUUGUAGAUUGCAGUUGGUAAGAUCGUUCCAAAGAGUGCUGCUCAUAAAGAUGGUCGGUUAAGACGAGGAGAUGAAAUUCUCACUAUUGAUGAUGUCAGUGUCGUUGGCUCUACACAUCGUCAUGCCAUCAGUCUCAUGAGCUCAGCUGCUGCUAAUAAUAAAGUUAAACUGACAAUAAGAAGAUGGAACAAUGGCAGCCGAUCAGGAAGUAAGGGUUGAUUCUUGUAUGACCUUUCUUUAUGCAUGACCUUUCCAAGCCCAAGGUAUUCAAUACGGUAAUUUAGUUGGACUGAUGGCACUAAGAAUCGAUUGUUUGUAUAUGCAAUUGUGCUUCUCUUUCUACGUGGUAGUCUUUUCAGAAACUUGUACUUUAUGAACCUUAUUUUAAAGACUAAGUACACAUUGAGUACUGAGUUUGCACUGGCGCAUGUACGCGCAACAACAAUUGGCGUACCAGUCAGGUACGACUAAAAUCAUUAUCGCGCCCUGGAUGAGGAAAACCGUCUGGCGUUAGACAGAGUAAAAUAAUAAAGCGAGGGACAUGUCACCAGGGUGCAUUGCCACUUAAGAGGUUAAUUAAAAGUAAUAUAAUUAUACAGUAGCACAUGAAAACUGAAAUUUCACUCGUGAGUUGGUUGAGGUUGAACUGUGUUUGUACAUGUGUGUCUUUCACUUAGUGACUGGUUGGGAUUCCUGCCAUAUGCAGUUCUCUUGUUAUAAUUUCACCUCAAGACAAUCAUACAUCCUUUAUUUUCCCCUAGGAUCAACACCAGUGGGCUCAUUACGUCGCAGUCUCUCCCAGGCCUCUCAGCUCUCGGACCUGUCCCAGACCUCUAGCAAAUUCUCGCGAUCAGCCGGGAACCUCGCAGGAGGGUACAAUGGUGGACACAUGAGGGGAGAACUGUCAUCUGCUCGUAGUGCCCCCUCGAUUCCCAAGCAGUACGGUGGGGAAAAACCUCGCUAUUAUGAUGUGAGUCAUUACCAGAGCGAAGGAGAGUUGGGCGGAUAUCAGAAUGAUACCAACAUGGCAAACCAGAAGGACAUAUUGUUGCAACGAAAUGAAGAUGAAGGUUUUGGUUUUGUAAUUUUGUCCACUAGUAACAUGAUUGGAUCAACUGUUGGUGAGUUAUUGUAUAUUCGACUUUUAAGUAAAAUAUGUGUGGUUAAUACAAAAUAACAGUAACUCCGAAUAACAUUUUGAUUUUUAACAAACAUUGUCAAACAUUGUCAUUUUUUAACAUUUUUAUUUAUUUUUUUAUUCUUAUUUUUAUUUUUUUAUUAUUUUUUUUUGAUUAAAAAUCAAAAUGUUAUUCGGAGUUACUGUUAUUUUAUAUAUGGUUAUGUUGUUGUUAAUGAGAUUUUGCCAUCCUGAUCGAGAGAACUACUCUCAUCAACGUAUUCUCGAGUUUGACUACAUUUUUUUCUGUCAUGCAGGUCGAAUCAUUGAUGGUAGUCCAGCUGAUCGCUCCGGUCAGCUGCAGAUUGGUGAUCGACUUGUUGUUGUAAAUGGACAAAGCAUUGUGGGAAUGCAUCAUAGUGAUAUUGUGGAUAUGAUCAAGCAAUCUGGAACUAGAGUUAACCUCAAGAUUAUACCAAGACCAGGUAUGGAAACCUGAAGUGAACAGAUUUCGUUUAUUACGAAAGUCACCGAACUGUGGAAUCGCAUCAAAAAUUCGUAUAUCGACCACUCCCACAAACGUCUACGACCGCGCCUACAUAUUUUUGCAUGUUUACAAUUCUAAUUUUAACCAGCCAAUCGACGUUUAAUUGUAAUUGUUACCAAGAACCUGAUUCGCUGUUCAAAAUUAGGAUUGUAAACAUGCAAAACUAUGUAGGCGCGGUCGUAGACGUUUGUGGGAGUGGUCGAUAUACGAAUUUUUUAUGCGAUUCCACAGUUCGGUGACUUUCGUAAUAUACUGACCUAGUUCAAACAUCGUGUUUAUCCCAAAUUCGAAUAAAGUUCGACCUUUGAACUCGAUUCUUGCCAAACUUUGUCAAACUGAAUGCGUAUUAGGUUCGACAUGUGCGAUGUUUUCAACUUAAUAGUACACGAGUCCUGUGGUUCCAGUUUCAUAUACUAAAAAAUAUAGGGUACAGUAGUGGAAAAGAUUUAACAUUUUAUUCACUUGACAUCGGUCAACAAUGUGUCUGUGAUCAGUUGGCAUUGCCAGAAAACUUAAACAUUUCGAGUCUAAGCAAUAACAGUGCGCAACACAUUGUAUCACAAAGCAAGCAAAUGAAGCAAUGAAAAAUAGGGUCAGUAGGUAAGCAUUACAGCGCCAAGUAUAUCCAAAAAACAGAAACGAAUUGAUGAGAGACUGGAACUACACAAUAUUUUCUGUUAGGCCUCAGGAAGUGGAAAUAACCCUGCAACUAGGUUUUCUUACAUGAGAUUUAUACAGUAUGGUUUUUAAUUAGCACUUACGUUAUUUCUUGCUCUUUUUAGAUGAGGAACCUGCAAUUCCAAAAGACCGUACAACCAGGAAGGUAAGCUAGAUAAAAAAUAUUGCUUAAAACCCUAGGUAUGAAGAAUUUGCUUGUGAAACUGAGUGCUUUGCUAAAGUCAGCCAACCCUUUGUUUGGGUUAAGCUUAGACAGAGUGUCCACGGGUGAAAAUCCUGGAAAGUUCUUGAAUUGGAGACAAAAAUCCCAGGACUGGAAAGUCCUUGAACGUCCUGGAAUUAAUUUCGUUAACCGCCAGCUGUGCCAACAUUAGUGAAUUAAAAUUACUGAAUAAAGUGAAUUAUUUUCAAAGAUUUUCCCAGUUCUAGGUCCUUGAAUUUCACCUUCACCAAAGGGUGGACACCGUGCUCAGAGCUGGGUCUACUCUACCAUUUCCCCACUUUAUUUUCCCCAAGAACGCCUGGUCACAGGUCGGACUGGAUUCCUUUUGCUAAUUGCUAGCCACAAGUAAUCAGAUGCCCACACAACAAGCAUAUCUUUCAAUAUUUCUCAAAGUUCUAUCUUGUUUUACCAGAGUACGGGAGAUGUAUUUUCAUACGAGAUGCCAGAUACGCGCCCGCGAUAUCGUAGUGAAAGCGCUGAUAUCCUGCGUGAACGAGAAACACAGAAGAGACGUGACGAGUUCAGAUCUUUGACACAG